AUGGAGAGGAUGCAGCUGCCAGCCUCAGCGGGCGUCCCCCACCCUGCCCUGGUGCACCAGAUUCUGUUCCAGCCCCAAGAGGAGAGCAGGCUCUGGGGUUCCCUGGCGGUGUGGGGGUCUCUCUCGGUGCAGGGUUCCCUCUCUCGGUGCGGAGCUGGCGGUGCCGGUGCUGGCGGCGGCCCCGGCAUCCCGCGGCCCGGGGGCGGCCCCGGCGAGCGCAGCGCGGCGCGACCACCCCCGCAGCCGGCGGCAGGGAAGGAGGCACGGGAGAGCGGCGGCGAAGGAGGGCCGCGGCUCCGCUCGGCUCCGCUCGGCUCGGCGCGGCUCCGCUCGGCGCUGACGGUCCCCGGUGCCGCCGCCGUCACUCGCCCCGCCCGUCCGCGGCUCGGCGCGGCGGGUGCGGGACGCGGCGCUCACCGGCACACCGGGGCUCAGGGGCCGGGCCGCGGCAUGAGCGCCCGGCGGCUCCCCGGGGGCAGCGGGGGCCGCUGA